AUGAAUACUAUCAGAUCCGUUGGCUACGGCUGGGCCUUCCUCGUCGCCGCCGGCGCCGGGUCCUACUACUUCGCGAAACGCAGCAUCAACGAAGAGCGCGAAGCGCGCCAGACUUCCGAUCGCGAGCGCAAAUUCCACGAGCGACAAGCGGCCCUCCGGGAGGAAGAACGGCAGAUGAGGUUGUCCGCGAAUAGCACCGCCAACGCCGCGAAGAAAGACACGUUUACCGAGCCUAUGGAUCCGAGCUACGAAGCGAUGCGGGACCCGGCGCCGACGAGGCAUGCGCCGACCACUGAUGACGAGCGGGUGAAUGAGAAGAGCAAGUUUGAGGCGAGCGAGGUAUUUCACGCCAAGAAGGGGAAUCGGUUAACAGGGUUUCGGUAG